ACGGCUGUCAUCGGGAGCCCACAGCUCAUCUCGCACAGAAGUGCCGCGAAGGUAGAAGCUGUCACUUCCACGCCUUUUCCAAUGUGAAAAUGUGGGAUUUUUUGACUUUUCCUUUCUUUUUUUAGUCGUGUUUCCUUUUUUUCUCAAUUGCACACUUUGCGUCUGAGUGAGAUCGUGUCCGAAUGAACAAUCAUGGGAGAGUGGACCAUAUUGGAGCGUCUCUUGGAGGCGGCUGUCCAGCAACACUCCACUAUGAUAGGAAGGAUCCUGCUCACUGUGGUGGUGAUUUUCCGCAUUUUAAUUGUGGCCAUAGUCGGAGAAACGGUAUACAAUGACGAACAGGCCAUGUUCGUAUGUAACACUCUACAGCCUGGCUGUAACCAGGCCUGUUACGACAAAGCCUUCCCCAUCUCCCACAUCAGGUACUGGGUGUUCCAGAUCAUUAUGGUCUGCUGCCCCAGCCUCUGCUUCAUCACCUAUUCUGUCCAUCAGUCUGCCAAGCAGAAGGAGCGACGCUACUCCUCAGUGUUCCUCUCGCUGGACAAGGAACAAGACUCGACCAAGACAGACGACAGCAAGAAGAUCAAGAACACCAUUGUGAAUGGCGUCCUGCAGAAUUCCGAGAACUGCAACAAGGAGACGGAGCCCGAUUGCCUCGAGGUCAAGGAAAUUCCCAACUCAGUCCUGCGAACUACCAAGUCAAAAAUGAGGAGACAAGAAGGCAUAUCCAGGUUCUACAUCAUCCAGGUGGUGUUCAGAAAUGCACUGGAGAUCGGCUUCUUGGUGGGCCAAUAUUUCCUGUACGGAUUCAACGUCCCUGCAGUGUACGAAUGUGACCGAUACCCUUGCAUAAAAGACGUUGAGUGCUAUGUCUCGAGACCUACAGAGAAAACUGUGUUCUUGGUCUUCAUGUUCGCAGUCAGUGGUAUUUGUGUAGUGUUCAACUUAGCAGAGCUCAACCAUCUGGGCUGGAGGAAAAUCAAAGCUGCAGUUCGAGGCGUGCGAGCAAGGAGGAAGUCCAUUUAUGAGAUCCGGAACAGAGACCUGCCUCGGAUGAGUAUGCCCAACUUUGGACGUACUCAAUCCAGUGACUCUGCAUAUGUGUAAAUGUGUGUUGUACAUGUACAAAUACUGUAUAUGGAAACUCCUGGUACCAAGUAUCUGUCGGCACUUCUUUGGGGGCAUGUUUAAUCUUUCCCAAAACAUAUCUGAACCUUUGUCUUAGCCUGAUCAUUUCUAUGACUGACUCUAUGACUGAAUUGUUGGGUCCAUUUUUUCGUUUUAUGACAUGAAAAACUGAAUGGUUUGAUUCUUUAAUUGUGAGGUUCUGAUGAGGAUGGUUGUCACCUUUUAGUAAAUCUUACAGGUAUUUACUAAUACGCUAUGACAAAUGUAGAACGGCAGUUUCAACAUUCAGCUCUUUUUUUCUCAUUCUUUUUUUUUUUUAUUCGACAUCAGCAUCUUCUGAAAAUAAAAUUAAACCAUUAUCAAUAGGAUAUACAAGUGUCCCAGAAGUUUGGACAUCCAUCCAUCCAUUUAGUUCCACUCACCAGCUCAGUGGCCUUGUGGUUAGAGUGUCCGCCCUGAGACUGGAAGGUUGUGAGUCAUUCCAAAGACUAAAAUAAUGGGACGCAUUGCCUCCCUGCCUGGCACUCAGCUUCAAGGGCUGGAAUAGGGGGUUAAAUCACCAAAUGAUUCCCGAGCGUGCCACAUGCUGCUGCUCACUGCUCCUCUCACCUCUCAGGGGGUGAACAUGGCGAUGGGUCAAAUGCAAAGGACACAUUUUACCACACCUAGUGUGUGAGUGACGAUCGGAGGGACUUUAACUUUAACGUAUCCAAUGACGGCCCGUGCGUUUCCCACCUAGGCCUUCAGUGAUGUCCGACUUUCAUUAUUACCUCUCAAAAUACCAUCAUUUAUGUCACCACAUGACCAUUACUGGAGAAAUACUAUACAGAAACACAUUUACGCACUACUGGGGAUUGAAUUACCUCAACAGUGGACAAAACGGGUUAAUUUAUGGCGCAAUUAAAAAAUCAAUAAACCUGCAUCAGCUAUUAAAACAUAUCUUAUGUGGUUCUGUCAAAAUUUAAAUAACAAAAAAACAUAUUAAACGUGAAAAAAUUAAGAUAUAAAAGAUUUUAACUUAAAUUUUUAGCACCCAAUCGACGGCGUACAGCCCCCAUAGUCGGUUGAUUUGAGUGGAAAUGGUGGGCAUUUCCUCAUUUCAUCGCCAACAUCGUCUCAGAAGAUGUACUUUCUCUUUAAAUAUCUUUCUUGAAAAUGGCCUUGCAAAUAUAUAUCAACGUGUUGUUCUCCUUCUUUGAAGGGGAACAUUCACUUUUGAAUGACACGUAAGUAUCCAAUCACAGUCUUGUUAACAUCAGGCUACUUAGAUAGGCUACUGUCAACAACUUAGGAUCUGAUUGGCUGUCUAUCAACUGUCUAUCAACUCUAUGUGUUCUCAAAUUCAUCCACUAACGGUUCUGGUGAGUAUCCAAUCACGUUCAACCUUGGGCCAUACAGAAGGCCUUACUGACAACAACUAAUGAUCUGAUUGGCUAUCACAAUUGUCUAUCAACUGUAUGUGUCCAUUCACUUACAGUGCACGAAUGCCUACAUUGUUCAUUCUGAAGGCCCCGGGCAGAUUUGGUACAGCAUGGCAACAUAAGCCAGCUGAAUUCUGAUUGGAUACAAACUCGAACCUAAAAACAACAGCACUGGAAGGAGCAUAAUAUGACAAGAAAAGAAUAUGAAUACUUUUAGAUAUUUAGGGAAAGUAAAUAAAAAAAUAAUUGUGUCUUUAAUUAGGAUCAUGAUUUCUGGUUUGUGUUAGGCCAGCAGAGAAGGCCUUGCUGGCCCUGACGGCCCACCACUGUGCUUAUCCCUUUUUGGGUUACAGGGUGUGCUGGAGCGUAUAUCAGCUGCCUUUGGGCAGAGACUUUGUUAUUCUGAGGCAUGUGUACUAACCACUGCAACACUGUGCUGGACACAUAUGCUAUAAUGUAUAUAUUCUACAAUUAUCUUAAAAAAAUAUUUAAUUCAUUUUAAUACAGGAUUCAUGGAUAUAUUAUAAACAGUGAUGUCAGACAAUUACAUGUGUGUAUAGAAUAUGUGUGUAUCAUAAGUCCAGACUUGAGGGACACCCUAUAAUAUUUGAUCUAACAUUAAUGGACACUUCUUUUCAGAUGGCUUAACUUAUGUUGACCUUCUUUUAAUUUUUCUGGAUGCGAACCUCAUUGGAAAAAGUUUUGGACAACACUUAAUGGUGGUCAUAUAUACAGUAUUUACAAGCCCAAUCAACUGCAACUAUAUUGUCUUCAUAUUCAAGUGGUUCAAUAUCAUCCAACAGAAAGAUGAGUAAGAUUAAUAAGACAUGUAUAAAUGUUAUAAAUACAGGAUAUUUUUUGCAUUCACCACUGACCUUACUUAAAAUGAUGUUACAUCACACCUAAGCGCUAUUUUUAUUCAUGUAUUUAUUUUUUUAGUAUUGUCAAGUGCCAUACUUCUACUGUAUAUACACUCAUAUAACUUAUCUAACCAAUAUAGACAACCUCUAUUUAAGGAAAUUCAUGUGACACGUCACACAGUCUUUGUAGACAGUUUAUGUGAUGGCUACAUCAUGUUUUUUGAUUUGGUUCCACACUAUGUCACUUUAAAAAAAAUAUCUGCAAUAAAAAGGAGCCAUGAGACCAGAUUUAAAGUGUCUGAUUUUGACAUGAACGACAACACUACAGGUUUUAAAAGAUUCUGAGACACAUAUUCUGAUGUGUCAAUACUUUACUAGUACAGUUGGGGGAACAAAAAACUACUUGAUCCCCUGCUGAUAUUGUAAGUCUACACUGAUAAAAGUGACUUUUUGGUGCUGUAAACUCUAUUAGAGUAGCUGUCAUUAUUUACACCUAGUAUUUUUAACAUUCAGUAAC